AUGUACCCCGAGAUGCCCUCAAUACGCGUAACGGCCCUGCGUCUACGGCUGGAAGGAAACACUGGUUAUGCAGGAGAGUGGAAAGGCCCAUACAAAUUACUAAGCGUUGAUGGCGAGACGUGCACAAUUCAGUUUCCAAAUGGACCAAAGCAAUUCCGUAUAACCGUUGUGAGGCCGUACUACAAGGCACCGGAUGAGAACGACCAAAACACCGAUUCGGAGCAUACAAAUGAAGGGCCUGAGGUACCCUCAGGCACAAACUCAACACCACCCACACCUCAAGACGACGAGUCAGACACACCUACACCCCAGGCAAGGCCUGCACAGCGCCCCCAACGAAAUCGGCAAUUACUAGCCUGGUAUCGAGAUGACCUUAUACAAUCGGUAUUCGCUCAAUUCGACCAAUCACAAGAGAAAGAGAUCAACGGUCUAUUGGAAAAUGGUGUAUUCGAAGUGGUCAAAGUAGACGACAUCCCAGAAGGCACCCGAAUUUUCAAUUCGUGGUUCGUCAACGAGAUAAAGAAUCCGGGCACCGACAAGGCCUUUGAAAAGUCGCGACUAGUCGUACAAGCCUACAACGACAAAGGGAAAGAGAUCAUAUUGACUCAAUCGCCUACAAUACAGCGCUGCAGCCAACGCCUGCUUUUGUGCCUUACAACCUGCAUUACUAAUACUCAUCUUUUCCUACGCGACGUCACGCAAGCCUAUGUACAGUCAACUACGCCCCUCGCUCGCAACAACUUCUACAUACGAACCCCUCCCGAACUCGUGCACCUGUUCCCUCCAGGCACAAUAUUGAAGGUUGUCAAGCCUUUGUAUGGCAUCCCUGAAGCAGGAAAUCAUUGGUUUCGAACAUAUCAUGUGCAUCACACAGACAAACUUAAUAUGACAACAUCCACCUACGAUCCGUGCCUCUUGCACUGCAUUGAUCAGUCACAAGGAUUUGGCAUUGUCGGCAUGCAAACCGAUGAUACCCUCAUCCUCGCCGACAACGCUUUCGCGAACCGCGAAGAGAAUGAGAUCAAACGAGCUAAUAUCCUUUGCAAACUACGAGAGAAGCUUACACCUUCGAACCCGUUAAAAUUCAACGGUGGCCUCAUUGCGGAGGAUGCCCAGGGUAUCACCCUUACCCAGGAACGCACUUGUAAGCUUAUACGGUCUGUACAAGAUCGACAUGCGGAUACAACAAGUUCCCGAGGCAAGGUCCGAAAGGACGUAUCGCCGCAGGAACAAUAUGUGGCUCAACGCGCACUUGGAGCCUACAUUGCUUCCGUAUCGCAGCCUGAGGCCUCCUUUGAUCUAUCGUUCGCUGCCCAGAUCACAAAUCCAGAAAAAGACGACAUCAAGUCACUUAAUAAACGCCUCCAAUGGCAACUUGAUAAUGCUGAACGCGGAUUACGCUUUGUACGUCUGGAUUUGGAUUCGCUACGCCUCGUAAUAUUUGUAGAUUCGUGCUUCGCAAACAAUAAGGAUUUCUCCUCCCAAAUUGGCUUUGUCAUUGUUCUUUCAGAUGCCGCAAAUAACGCAAAUAUUGUACAUUGGUCCUCAAUCAAGUGCAAGCGCGUCACAAGAAGCGUACUUGCUUCUGAACUUUAUGCCAUGGUUCACGGCUUCGAUUCGGCUGCGUCAAUUAAAUCAAAUCAACAACAACGCAGCUUCUACAUCUCACUAAGCCCCUUCCCCUUGUUAUCUGCACUGACUCGAAGAGCCUAUACGAAUGCCUCGUCAAAUUAG